UGUGGCCCAGGAUGACGUCUAUUGCUAAGAUAUCUCACUUGGAAAAAAUUUACAAUGAAAAAUAUUUUUCCUCCAUUGCAUAGGGAAUAUCGUGAAUAAACUAGUAAAAUUUUAUUUUUUCUAAAGUGUUUCUGAAAAUAGUUAUCAGUUUGAAUAAAUAAAUGCAUAAUACUGCAAAAAAUAUGUAAAAUAAAGAGCAAAGAAUUUAAGCUCUUCAGUGACACGGAAACAGCAAAGCAAACGAAGGCACAGUGUAAAAACAGCAACAAACAAAAGGCACACUUCCGGUUGAGCGAGCAAAUUGUGCGGUCGGCUUUUUCUGUGCUAUUAAAACUCUCUUAUUAACAAACUCUGAAAAAAUAUUUUUUCAGCAAACAAAAGUGCGCAAUCAUCAAUAAUUUGAGAUAAGCAGUGUGGUAAGCGGGAUUUAACCCCAGUCAAAGCAGCUGAAGAGGCCAACACAUUUUUGCAAUUUUUUGUUUUUUAUUUUUUAUUUUUUGUUUUUUUAUUUUUUCUUUUGUUCCUUUUUUUGUUAAAAAUAAUCUGUUCAUUUCGCUCAUUGCACAUACCGGAAGUGGGCUAAUACCUAGCCCUUAUCGCUACAUGUUGUAAUCGUCUUAACAACUGUCAUCAAUAUUUGUAUUGCUGUACUAGCCCUCAGGGCAUCUGUUUAAAAAUCUCAUCAAUCAACUCGCGCGAAGCUGACAUUACUACAAAUCAAAAUCGGCUGGCAACAUAAACAACAGAGAAAUCACACAUCAAUCAUAGCAAAAAUCAAACGUUGGAAUUGGUCUAAACAACACCUGAAAAUUAAACACGGAAGAAGAAUCAUUAUAAAGUUUUUGUAUGCCCCGACCAUUUAAGACCAUCAAAACCCAAAAAAAAAAAACAAACAAAAGAAUUUGCCGUCCGUCUUCUAAAAUUUUUCCGGUUUAAACUAAACAUAACACGCAGUGAGAUAAUUUCGUGAGUGCAAUAAAUAACAAUUUAAUAAAAAAAUGAAUCGAAGUGAUGGUUUGGUGCGACGCGCCGUAAAAACACGAGACAAUGGCGCUGAAGGUGGCGCAUACGGCCAGAAUGCUAAUACACCAGAUGACGACAGCGAUUUAAAUAACAGUAAUAAAGAUCAGGAGGACAACAUCGAUGAUGGCGAUUCCAAAGAGACACGUCUAACACUCAUGGAGGAAGUGUUGCUGUUGGGCUUAAAAGACAAAGAGGGCUACACAUCCUUUUGGAAUGAUUGCAUAUCGAGCGGCCUACGUGGUUGCAUUCUCAUUGAGCUUGGAUUACGCGGUCGCGUCAUGAUGGAGAAGACAGGCAUGCGUCGACGCAGCUUGUGCUCCAGAAAACUCAUUUUAAAAUCAGAUCAGCCGACCGGCGAUGUUCUGCUCGACGAAGCACUCAAGCAUAUUAAAGAAACAGAUCCACCAGAAUCUGUGCAAAGUUGGAUUGAAUAUUUGAGUGGCGAAACAUGGAACCCUUUGAAAUUACGGUAUCAAUUAAAAAAUGUACGCGAACGAUUGGCCAAGAAUCUGGUGGAGAAGGGUGUGCUUACGACAGAAAAGCAAAAUUUCCUACUUUUCGAUAUGACAACACACCCGCUCAGCGAUAAUGUGGUGAAAUGCCGUUUGGUGAAAAAGAUACAAGAUGCCGUGCUUUCCAAGUGGGUCAACGAUCCGCAACGUAUGGAUAAACGUAUUUUGGCCUUAAUAUUUUUGGCGCACGCCAGUGACGUAAUUGAGAAUGCGUUCGCGCCGCUAAACGACGAUGACUAUGAGUUGGCCAUGAAACGUGUGAGAGAAUUGUUGGACUUGGAUUUUGAGGCGGAGGCGGCCAAACCGAAUGCAAACGAAAUACUUUGGGCAGUUUUUUUGGCAUUCAGCAAAUAAGAUCCUGUUUAUACGCAUCUGUAUUCUUAUGGGAUCGAAUGAUGAUAAGCAAUCGCGUUAUCUGCCAAUGCCACAUUUAUAUAGUUACACAAAAAAAA